GGCCCGCCCAAUUGGGCUGCUUCUGCACGAAUGCUCGACUCCAAUCCCUAAGGCUCCGCGCCCCCCUCCCCGCCGCCUCCGCACCCUGCUGCCGCCGCCGCCGCCAUGGGCGCGUACAAGUUCGUGUCGGAGCUAUGGAGGAGGAAGCAGUCGGACGUGAUGAGGUUCGUGCAGCGCGUGCCUUGCCGGGAGUACAGACAGCUGCCUGCCAACGUGGGCAUCGCCAGGCCCACCCGCCCCGAUAGGGCACGCCGUCUCGGCUUCAAGGCCAAGCAGCUUCACAAGCCUAUUGAGGAGACCAAGGAAGAUGUGUACCCGAGGACCCACAAGUCACCUGCCAAGAUACGCAUAGUUAUGAAAUCUUUCAAUAACCAGAAGAACAAUCUGAAGGAGCUUGCGCCGUACAUGCAUAAGGUUGGGUUGCCUGAAUCGCGGUCCUUAUACACCGUGUUGCGCUCACCUCAUAUUGAUAAGAAAUCCCGGGAGCAAUUCUCAACGCAUGUGAAGAAAGUGUUUGUGGAGAAAACAGCUGAGACGCAUGAACUGGCCAAGAAGUUCUUCUGGUUGAAACGGCUUCGUAUAUUGGGGGCUCAGUACGAAGUUGUCAUUAAUUUCAAGACACGCCUGGAUAAGAAGAUUGGCUGCAGCAAAGGCGGUGGCCUGCUUCGACAGUAGUUCCAAUUCGAAACGGGAUUCAGGCAUAGAAUAAACCAUACUGGGUUGGUAGCUGAUGGUUUAAUUGGUUUUUGCUUCCUGGGUGCUUUCUUGUUUAGUACCAGUAGGUACUAGAGCUGCUUCGGGUGUUUGAGCCUGCCCUGCCACACACAGGCUAUCCAUCCAAGUUGUGUGGAUCUUAAUUUCUGGCCUUGGUUUGAUCUAGCAUACACUUACGUACUAUAUAUUCUAUGUAAUGUCAUAUUAUGGAAUUAGGGAUGCAUGUGACCUAUCUGAGGAUGUUGCUUCUUUGGCAAUCAUCCAUGUACUGAAGGAUUAA